AUGGCCCUACGGCAAGCAGUCUACAUUGCAGUAUCUAGCCAGCUAGAAAUCGGCCAGGAGAGAAUCAAAAUUAUCUCAGAAAACAAAACACUUGAUAAUAGCGCCUUUUUUAGUGAAUACGAGGGUGAUAUAGAGAGCGUGUUGAAUUUCGCCAGCAAUGGUCCUCCACGUCCCCUUAAAUGGUAUCACUACGCCUUGUGUGGCAUUCGGGGAUUCAGAGACUACGCAAAACAGCACUUUUCUCGUCAUUUGCAGGACUUCCCGUGGUCAGCCUCCUACGUCAGCCAUCAAAACGUGGUCGCUGCUAAGUGGACUCCUCCUUCAAUAUGCUUACUGGUUGGAAAUGGAAAUGAUCCAGCUUAUCUACCAAUGAAUGCUGGUCUCUCGAGCAGUAGUGCCCUUGUAGUCGCCUCAGCCAUGGCCGUAAUGCGUGCCACACACACGUAUGUUGAACCGAGGGUGUUAGCCGACAUCUGUGCGAAUUGCGAACGUCUCAUCGGAACCCAAGGUGGUGGCAUGGAUCAAGCAGCUUGUCUUCUCUCCCAUUCAUCGCCAAUCAUGAUAGAAUUUACAAAGCCAACCCUUACAAUAACCCCUGUGAGAAUACCAAAAGGUGGCGUCUUCUGCGUUGCCGACUCUGGAGCUCGUCUAAACAAGGCCACCACACCAGACUACAAUAGUCGGGUGUCACAGUGCAAGCAGGCUGCCAAAAUCCUACACAAGCACCUUAGGAAUAAACCAGAUAUGGAUGAAGAACUCUUGAUUCUCGGUGAUGUACAAAAAGCAUUUCGUGUCUGCGUACGUGACGACAGUUGA